AUGGCAUACAUACAGAUCGGCAAUCCUAAUAAUUCAAGUUCCCAAUCCAUACCACUCGACAAUAUCGAACUAAACACGCGAUACGGUGCAAGGACUGACAAUUACGCGCCGCCAUCAGGGACACCGCCAGACCGCGAUACGAAAAAUGUUGACUCGAAAACAGCGUUUCGGUCAAGCGAAGCACCUGUUAAUAGUUGGCCUUUUCACUCGCAGCGGGCGGCGGCUCUCACGCCUUCAAGAAUGUCGCUCAUGGUGUUCGAUGCGAUAUUAGCGUCAUCGCCUAUCAUGUUUGUAGCUCUCGCUCUCACAGCUGCUAGUUUAGACGGCAAAGAGGUUUCGCAAUACGGGGACCGACUCAGACAGACACUACUUCUCUCGCCUACUAUCUUUCCACUCAUAUUUGCCGCGCUGAUGGGUCGGUUCUUUCGACACUUGGGAGUUUAUCUUGCUGAGCGAGGCACUACGCUUGGCCGUCUUGAACAGCUGGUCGGCUGCCAAUCUGUUUUCUCUGCACUGGAACGUCAACUUUGCCUCCGUUCCUGGUCCGUUGUGGGCCUUUUUUCGAUUAUUGUGUGGCUCCUGUCGCCCGUUGGAGGUCAAUCCGCUCUUCGCUUAUUAGGCCAGGAGAGCAACGACAUCACGUCAACAGCUACCGUGCGCUAUAUGGACCCGCAGACAAUAUCGACCUCUGUCAUUCUAGGAGCUAGUUCAGCGAAUAGUGGGCGCAGUACCUUCACAUCCAUCUUCCUCGCGGCUUUGUUAAGCAGCUCUAAGUAUCAGGCUACACCUAUGGACCUGUGGGGAAACGUCAAACUACCUAUCUACCGAUACAUCGAGAACAGUACCUCUGAUGAGUGGAAAGAAAUUCAAAAUACCACGAAUGCAAACGUCACGUAUGCUUCUUUAAUUGGUGUUCCAAUAGUUGGGCCGCCUUCAGCUGGCUUCAGUACCUUCAACAUCAAAGCCCGCCAAUUCGACAUCACCUGUUCCAGCAAUAAGAUGAUGGAUAGGGACAAGAGUGGAUUUGGCAACUUGACGUCAACGUGGAAGCUACACCCCCUUAAUCUGUCAAAGCUCUGCGGUGAUAAUAAGGACUGUAAGGUUCCGGACUGCAAAAGUUAUCCGUGUCCAAUUCUGAGCAAAUCUAUGGCAGAUGACACCAACUUUACGGACCUCCAGUUCUCAGUGGCGAAUUGCGAGAUUUUUUUCGAGUAUUUUGAAUCUGGUGUGCGUUGCAAUGGGACGUCAUGCGCAGUUUAUAAGAUGAAGAAGUUGGACUUGUUCGGCGACGGAUACACAAAGGAGCUCGACAACCUCACACGCGGCAACUUUUUAAGCAACGAGAUGUCAUUCAUGCCAACCGUAGACAAUUACAAUGUGGGUAACGCUGGAGCACGCGGCUCGACAAACAUGGAGAAGUGGAUGAUGGAUCCAACGGACUUUAUCGGAGCACGAUACAACAACGUGGAGUUGUAUCGCCUUCCACCAGAGGUCUUCGCUGAGCGUCUCACGAUUCUCUACAACACCUUUUUCCAGUCAACAUAUGGAUCGCUAGCCUUGGGUGGCCAUUUGCCCCAGAACCUCACACAAACAGGAAUGAUGACUGGCACGUCGUACGGUUCUAACAUCACAUUCAAUGGGACGGAAGCCACUGUACUUCAAGAAAGUAAGAUGGUAUAUAAAACGAAUUGGAAGUGGUUUACGGCACUACUUGUGUGCUCUUUGGUACUGCUCGCCGCUUCAUACACUGGCCUUGUACUAAAGUACAUUACUCUGGCGCCAGACAUCAUCGGAUACGCAUCUUCGCUUGCAAUGCUGAAUCCUUACGUACCCAUACCUACAGGCGGUACGACAUUACACGGUUUGGAAAGAGCAGCACUACUGCAUGAUUUGCCGGUGAGGAUAGGAGAUGUUUGCGCAAAACAGCCGGUUGGAGCUAUUGCGUUUGGGAAAGCAGAUGAUGGCCUAGUGGCGAGACUGGAUAGAAAGAGAUGGUAUAUAUAA